CUCCUCGACCCUCCUCGAGCCCCUCGCGUUCUCCCAGCGUCUCGGUGUGUCGGCGACGGGUCAGCCAUGCCGCCCCCGCGCCCGCUUGGCUCACCAUCUAACAGCGACGAGCGGUCCAUGGGCCCGAUGGUUGUCCCCUUACGGCGCCGCCGAUCGGGUACCAUCAAGGCUCCCAGGUCGCUGCUUAGCCCGACGUCAGUGCACGAGAUGCUGGCCGAGACAGGCGAUGACGCCCGACUCUUGCGCCUCCUCGAGGCUCUGUUGAAGAAGGAAGAGGCCGAGCAAAUCGCCCGCGACAACGAGCUGCUGGCGUGGGGCAGAGGCGAAGCAUGGGUGCCAUGCGAGGCGGAGCCAGUCGACUGGCCCGACCCGCCACCGUACGAGGAUUUCGGCAUCUUCACUCUGGAGUGAGUGUUAGAGCUCUCGCUGCGGCGCGCUGCGAAGGCGGGCGCGCCGACGGCGUCCCUAUUUCUCGCGGUCUCUCCCCUGAGGAGAAGCAGUCGAGCCCCGUCAAGUAGUCGGUCGAGCCGGUGAGGGUGUAUUCCAUCUCUCUACAACUCAACUCUCACGCCUGAUUUCUUGUACUAACUACAUGAAACCUGUUCU